GGGAGAUGUGCUGUAUGGUGAGCAGAGCAGAGCGCCCUCUGGUGGUUGUUAGUAAACUUCACGCCUUUUCUCUAAAGCCUCGGCGUCACUGCACUGAAACCCAGCAGCAGGAAGUCGACGGAAAAAGAGUUUCAGAAUGUCGCUGACGAUCAGCAGGGCUGAAGGAGUGACGGUGUACACUGUACACUCCAGCAACAAAAGUAAAUGGCCGCUCUUCUGCCAGAUCCUGGGCACCAUGUGCUACAGCCCCGUGUGCUCUGUGUCUCUGAGACUGAAGCAGCAGCUUGGCUGUUCUCUCACAGCACUGGCGACUAUACAGAUCAUGGUUGGAUUAAUGAAUCUGGGCUUUGGGUCUUUGACUACAACCAUUUACAGUAUGAGUGACCUUGGUCCUGUUCCCCUUUGGCUUGGAGGCGUGAUUAUUGCAGUCGGAAUCAUGUGUAUCCUAGCAGAAAAGUUUCCAAGCCCAUGUCUGGUUGUCCUGACUGUGAUGAUGAAUAUAGUGAGCGCUGCAUUAGCUAUAACUGCCAUCGUGCUUUAUUCAGUGGAUUUGGCGGAGACACGUUAUUACUUGUGUGAAUCUCCUGAACGUCGGCAGGACACUUAUUAUUACUGGACAACUGCAUCUCCCUCGAAAAAAGCUGAGUUGGAUGAAAUCUUUCAGAGAAAACUAGAGGUCUACAGAAUUUGUCAGGAAAACCAGCUCAUUAUGAAGACCAUCAGCAGAGGCCUGGACAUCAUGAUGAUUGUGCUCGCUGUUCUUCAGCUGUGUGUCACCAUCAGCUGGUGUGUUCUGAACAUAAAAGCUCUCUGCAAGAAGGAAGCAAAUGGACAGGAUGUGGAGGAUCCAGAACUUCGCAAACCCCUCAUGGAUCAAGAAAUUCUCAAUCCUGUGUGUUAGAAACACUAAAGGCACCACAGUUAGACUAGUUACUAUCCAGCACUUUCCUUUCUGUUGCAUUUAAAAAUAAGUAUCCACUUUGUUAUUAAAAGCACUGAUAAUUUGCAUGACAUUUGUUUCCUAGGUUUACACUACAGAUUUGUUUUUGUAAGCACAGUGUGAAAUAUAUGAAUCAUUAUUAAAGCAUGUUCACCUGUUUCAGUAUAUCAACCACCCCUGUGCAUAUGCUUGCUAAAACAGAAAUAAAUGUAAAGAAGUAAAUAACA